CUCUGCCGGUGCCGCUGCGGGGCGGUCGGAGCGAUGCCCGAGUGCCCGGAGCUGCACCUGGCCGGGCGGUACAUCAACGAGGCGUGCGCUGGGCUGGUGUUCUCGGGUGCCAUAGAGCGCUCGGCGGUGGGCAGGGGCCCGGAGGUGCCCUGCAGCGAGGCCUAUCGCGUCACCGCCACCUCCCGGGGCAAGGAGCUGCGGCUGACGCUGACCCCCCUGGGCCCCGGCGAGCCUCUGCACCUCGUCUUCCGCUUCGGCAUGUCGGGAUCGUUCCGGUUGUGCCCCGCCGCCGAGCUGCCCCGCCAUGCCCACCUCCGCUUCCUCACCGGCGAGAGCCCACCCCGUGCCCUCUGCUUCGUCGAUCCUCGCCGCUUCGGGUCGUGGCGGCUGGGUGACGCCUGGCAGCCGGACCGCGGGCCCUGCGUGCUCACCGAGUACCAGGCCUUCAGGGAGAAUGUGCUGAAGAACCUGGAGGACAAGGCUUUUGACAAGCCCAUCUGCGAAGCCCUCUUAAACCAGAAGUUUUUCAAUGGAAUUGGGAAUUACCUCCGUGCUGAGAUCCUGUACAGGUUGAAGAUCCCUCCCUUUGAAAAGGCUCGGACUGUGCUGGAGGCCCUGAAGGAUCAGGAGCAGGACAGGAGGAAGAAGAAUUCUUCCCUGACACUGAGCAAGAAGCUGAAGCUGAUGAGGGAGAACCCAGAUCUCCUGGAGCUGUGCCACACAGUGCCCAUGGAGGUCGUUGCAGCAGAGAAGAACCUCCUCGACCCAGAUGACUCCACUAACUAUGCAGCCUUCAAGAGCUGGCUGCAGUGUUACCUGGUGCCUGGCAUGAGCUGCCUGCAGGACCACAACGGCAGGACUGUGUGGUUCCAGGGAGAGCCUGGGCCCUUGGCUCCCAAAGGGCGGAAGCCUCACAAGAGGCGUGCUCAGCUGGAGGCAGAUCCCCAGGCCCUGACCCCCAAGGUCACCAGCCGCACCUCAAAAGGGAGGCCCAGGGCUGCAGCAAACCCCCCAAGGUCAAAGAAGGAAGAGGCUGAUGGGCUGAGGAAAGGAAGUGUUCAUGGGAGGAGGAAAGCAGCUGCUUCUGUGGCCUUGUCUGAGCCUCAGGCCAAAAGGAGGCUCCGGGCAUCCACACGCAGGGGCAGAGGUGCAGCUCCUGCCAUCUGAGUGCUGAGCAGCCAGGGUGACAGCUCAGGAGGUGCUCAAGAGGGCCUGGCCUGGGCCGACCUGGGGCCAC